AUGGAGUCGCAUGGGUGCCAAUCAGUUUGUUUUAAAUUCAAUAGCCAACUGCCGGUUGCCAUUCAAAAUGAAACCUCUUGUGAAGUUCCCAUCCAGGCAGAUUUUAAAGGCCUUAGCUACUCGAGUAACUCCAAACAUGACUCGGACAAUUCAAGAAUUAAAAGACCAUGGUAUUCUGGAGAGACCACCAACUCUAGACCCUGGAUUCUUUUCAAAGAUGUUUUUAGUUGCGGAAACGCUGGCAACCUUGGAGUCUCUGGGUUGGCAUGUAAAUUACCAAAAGUCGGUGAUAGAGCCCACACAAGAGCUGCAAUAUUUAGGCCUGGUUUGGAAUACCCAAAACUUAACGUUAGCUCUGCCAACCCAGAAGGUCCUCGGAAUAAAGAGGACUCUGUCAAAGUUGUUAGAGAGGAACAACUGCUCUCUAAGGGAACUUCAAAUUCAUUGUUUGAUAAAAGUAGAAGGAUCGCUUUAAUAUUAUUACUAGCUUCUGGUCGUAGGUUACACGAUCUAACCCUUCUGGAAGUUUCUAAGGAUAAAUUUAUUGAAACAGAAAAUAACAUAACAUUUUGGCCAAGGUUUGGUUCUAAGACUGACUCAGGAACCUACAGACAAUCUGGUUGGUUCCUUACAAAGCACCAAGACCAUCGCAUAUGUCCUGUAACUCAUGUGAAAGACUUAGUGAAGGCCUCGGAGGUCAGACGCAGGAUGGGAAAGAACUUACAAUGUCUUUUCAUCACAGUGACGGGACAGGUGAAGCCAGCAUCCAGAACUGUUAUUUCUGGGUGGCUGCGUUCAGUAAUUAAGCAGGCCAAGAUAGAUGAGUCGCCAGGAAGCAUCAGGUCUGCUGUAGCAUCUCGGGGAUGGCUAGAUAAUAGACCAAUACAGGAGAUUCUGGAGCGAGGAAAUUGGAAAUGUGUAGAAACAUUUAAAAAAUUUUACUGUAGAGAAGUAGAUAGAUCCUUCACUUCUAACAGUGUUUGUACUGACUUAUACAAUAAUUUUAAGACUCUGGGUGGAUUGAUGAUUCAAGGUGCUUGCUGGCGA